GGCAGCUAAUGGCAGUGAUAUCAUUUGACAACCACUUCCAACAAUUCUAUUCCUUCCAGCAAUUACUUCGGAAAUAGCAGAACCUGUUCAACAUUUGGUGAUAGUUUGGUGAUGGGGCCUUGGUAGAAUCGUGUUUUAUUCAAUGGCCCCUUCGUCCCUCUUCUUAGUCCUCCAUGCACGUUCUUUCUCCUACUUUCGUUUCAAUCCUGUUGAGAGUGUCCCUGUCUCUGAUACAUGCGCGGACACCUCAUCCCUAGUCCCAUUUCUACGCGCCUUCAGCAGCAGCGAGAACGACCAUUUUUACACCACUAACGUAUCUGAAAUGAAGAACGACGCUCUCGCUGGUGGCGUCUACGUCUUUGAAGGCGAAUCCGCUUUUCUUUGGCCUACACCCGAACCCGGCACCGUCCCCAUUUUCCGCCUAUACAACCAAAACUCCAGUGACCAUUUCUACACCAUGUCCUCUGACGAAGUUCCCGAAAUGAUGAACGCCGGAUGGGCGUAUGAUACUGCCCCCAAUCACACUGCAGGAUACGUCUAUCCUUAUAGUAUCUGCGGAGCGGCUCCGAUUUAUCGUUUAUUCGAUCCUACAUCUGUCGACCAUUUCUAUACGAUGGAUAUUGUAGAAAGUCAGAAUGCGGUACAGGCAGGGUAUCAGGACCAGGGAAUAGCAGGAUUCGCGAUACUUCCUUCAGCCAAUGGGACUGUUGCACAAAGCUCCGCCAUUCCGUACCUCUUACCAAGUACCAUUACUGCAUCACCUGAGUCUCAAGUAUCUGCCACGACCUCAUCAUCUUGCGCCAACAUCGCCAAUGCAGUCCCACUUUUGCGUGCGUACAGUAGUGGUGGGACCGAUCAUUUCUAUACCACAAACUCAACUGAAAUGAAUGACUCGGUCGCGGUGAACGCUUACUCCUUCGAGGGAGACGCAACGUUUCUUUGGCCCACUCAAGAGACAUCAACUGUUCCUCUGUACAGAUUAUGGAAUCUCAACUCCAGCGAUCACUUCUAUACAAUAGACAAGAAUGAAGUCAACGAAGCACUUGCUAUGGGUUUUACCUUUGACACCGAGGCACAAAAUGUCGGAUACGUUUAUCCUUACAGUAUAUGCGGUGCUUCUCCCAUCUACCGCCUCUUCAGCUCUUUCGGUUCAGACCACUUCUACACUAUGAACCAAGCCGAAAGCAUGAGCGCGCCAGGGUACGUUCUAGAGGGUAUCGCUGGUUAUGCUUUGUUGCCCUCUGCUGAUGGGCAGCGCCAAACAUCGGCUUCGCCGUUUUUAUUGCCUCUGUCGCUGCAGGCUUCGCCGGUGUCUAUUUCGUUGAGCCCAAUACCAGCAUUUACGACGUCUAUAGCCAUAGAUACUGGCUCCCCUUCAGGGUUACCUAGCACAGCUGGAGUCCAGAGCACGGUGUCGCGUCAUGUAUUUCUUGGUGUGACGGCGUUGGUUGCGUUCUGGAUAGCUUCAUAGUGUUUGCUAAAUAUGAAAAGAUGUGGAUCUUCGA